ACUAGCAGGCACCAAGGCGAAAAUGUCAUUGUGUGAACAUGGGAAAUGAUGUUAGCGGAUAGGAAAUAGCAGCCAAUUCUUGACCCCAUUUUUUUAGUUUCUUGGGCACGACCUGAAAAGAUCAAACAAAACGGAUGCAUGAGCUGGCUGGUUGUUCCAUUCCCUCUGGUCCUCUUUCUUCACCAGCCAAUCGGUUCCCUUGCUAGCUUCUUGAGAAAAUCAUGCAGACACACCAUUGUUCAUACUGGAGCAGAUUUCCUGUGGCUUUCAUCGGCUUGGCUGUUGUUCUACUGAUCUCCUUGCCCUCUCCGACCAGCUCCUGCACGGAGCAGGAGAAGAGCUCGCUUCUCCAGUUCCUUGCUGAGCUAUCGCAGGACGGCAGCCUUACAGUGUCAUGGCGACGCAACGGAACAGAUUGCUGCACAUGGGAAGGGAUCAUCUGCGGCCUCAACGGGACGGUCACUGAUGUCUCGCUGGCUUCUCGAGGCCUCGAGGGAUCCAUCUCUCCGUUCCUUGGCAAUCUCACCGGCCUGUCGCGCCUCAACCUGUCCCACAAUUUGCUGUCCGGUGGCUUGCCACUGGAAUUGGUGUCAUCCAGCAGCAUCACUGUCCUUGAUGUCAGUUUUAACCACCUGACAGGAGGUCUGAGAGAGCUGCCAUAUUCAACGCCUCCCCGGCCUCUGCAGGUACUGAACAUCUCGAGCAACUUGUUUACAGGAAGGUUUCCAUCCACUAUAUGGGAGGUGAUGAAGAGCCUGGUUGCACUCAAUGCCAGCACAAACAGUUUUACUGGGCAGAUACCGACUAUACCAUGUGUUAGCGCUCCAUCUUUUGCUGUGCUUGAAAUCAGUUUUAACGAAUUCAGUGGAAAUGUCCCUACAGGCCUCAGUAAUUGUUCCGUGCUGAAAGUGCUCAGCGCUGGGUCCAACAAUCUGACUGGGACUCUUCCAGAUGAGCUCUUCAAAGUUACCUCAUUAGAGCACCUGUCUUUACCUGGCAAUUUGUUAGAAGGAGCACUCAAUGGCAUCAUCAGGCUGACAAAUCUGGUCACACUUGAUCUUGGGGGGAAUGAUCUUAGUGGUAGUAUUCCAGAUGCUAUAGGUGAGCUGAAGAGAUUGGAGGAGCUGCAUUUGGAACACAACAACAUGUCAGGGGAGCUGCCAUCAUCUCUUAGUAACUGCACAAGUCUCAUAACAAUUGACCUCAAGAGCAACCACUUCAGUGGAGAACUUACCAAGGUCAACUUCUCAAGCCUGCCCAGUCUAAAGAAUUUAGAUCUUCUGUACAAUAACUUCAAUGGGACAAUUCCAGAAAGUAUCUACACAUGCAGGAACCUGAGAGCGCUGCGACUAUCUUCCAAUAAUUUCCACGGCCAGUUGUCCGAAAGCAUAGGCAAUCUGAAGUCCCUCUCCUUCCUAUCAAUUGUUAACAGCUCUCUUACAAAUAUCACAAGAACACUUCAGAUCCUUAGGAGUUCCAGGAGCCUCACCACCCUUCUUAUUGGGUUCAACUUCAUGCAUGAGGCCAUGCCAGAGGAAAUCAGCACUGACGGUUUUGAGAAUCUCCAGGUUCUUGCUAUAAAUGAUUGUUCAUUGUCUGGAAAAAUACCUCAUUGGUUAUCAAAGCUCACAAAUUUGGAGAUGUUAUUUUUAGACGACAAUCAACUCACUGGACCAAUACCUGACUGGAUCAGCAGCCUAAACUUCCUAUUCUAUCUAGACAUAUCAAACAACAGCCUUACAGGGGAAAUUCCAAGUGCCUUAAUGGAUAUGCCAAUGCUAAAAUCAGACAAGACUGCACCAAAGGUCUUUGAGCUUCCUGUUUAUAAUAAGAGUCCAUUUAUGCAAUACCUCAUGCCCAGUGCUUUUCCUAAAAUACUGAAUCUAUGCAUGAAUAACUUCACUGGUCUGAUACCUGAGAAGAUCGGUCAGUUGAAAGCACUCAUUUCCCUCAACUUGAGCUCCAAUACAUUAUCUGGAGAGAUCCCCGAACCAAUCAGCAACCUCACGAACCUGCAGGUGCUAGAUUUGUCUGGUAAUCAUCUGACUGGUACAAUUCCAGCAGCACUGAACAAUCUGCACUUCCUUUCCAAAUUCAACAUUUCCAACAAUGACCUAGAAGGGCCUAUUCCAACUGUAGGCCAACUUAGCACAUUUACGAGUUCCAGCUUUGAUGGCAACCCAAAAUUGUGUGGUCAUGUGCUUUUAAACAAUUGCAGUUCAGCUGGAACACCUUCAAUCAUCCAGAAACGGCAUACAAAGAAUAGUGUCUUUGCACUUGCAUUUGGUGUAUUUUUUGGAGGGGUGGCCAUCAUUUUCUUGCUAGCUCGCCUCCUUGUGUCGCUCAGGGGUAAAAAGAGAAGCAGCAACAAUGAUGAUAUAGAAGCAACAUCUUCCAACUUCAAUUCAGAAUACUCCAUGGUGAUUGUUCAGCGAGGAAAGGGAGAACAAAACAAACUCACAGUCACCGAUCUCCUGAAGGCUACAAAGAACUUUGACAAGGAGCAUAUCAUUGGUUGUGGAGGCUAUGGCCUAGUCUACAAGGCGGAGCUACCUGAUGGCUCAAAGGUCGCUAUCAAAAAGCUCAACAGUGAAAUGUGUCUGAUGGCAAGGGAGUUUAGUGCAGAGGUUGAUGCACUCUCCAUGGCACAGCAUGACAAUCUUGUACCACUCUGGGGUUACUGCAUACAGGGAGAUACAAGGCUCCUGAUAUACUCCUACAUGGAGAAUGGCAGCCUGGACGAUUGGCUUCACAACAGGGACGAUGAUGGCGGCUCAUUUCUUGACUGGCCGACACGGCUGAAGAUUGCACAAGGAGCAAGCCGGGGUCUAUCUUACAUCCACGAUGUAUGUAAGCCUCACAUUGUUCACCGCGACAUCAAGUCCAGCAACAUCCUACUAGACAAAGAAUUCAAAGCUUAUAUUGCAGACUUUGGGCUAUCCAGAUUGAUCUUUCACAACAAAACACAUGUCACGACUGAGUUGGUUGGCACUCUCGGUUACAUCCCCCCUGAGUAUGGGCAAGGAUGGGUGGCUACACUGAGAGGUGAUAUGUACAGUUUUGGAGUGGUCCUGCUUGAGUUGCUAACGGGGAGGCGGCCUGUUCAAAUCUGUCCUAGGUCAAAAGAACUUGUCCAGUGGGUACAGGAGAUGAUAUCCAAAGAAAAGCACAUUGAAGUCCUGGAUCCAACACUUCAAGGCGCAGGACAUGAAGAACAGAUGCUGAAGGUGCUUGAAGUUGCUUGCCGGUGUGUCAACCGUAAUCCUAGUUUGAGGCCAGCUAUCCAGGAGGUAGUAUCUGCCCUGAGUAGCAGAGAUGGUAAUCUUCAGAAGCAAAAUUCAGUCAGAAUAUGAUGUAAAUAGGAAAUUAUACUACAGCACACAGAGUAGAUGUAUAGUUUUUGCAACAUCUACUACUUUUGUUCUCACUGGUCUCAUUAGUGUUCUUUUUUUGUACAGCUUGUGACACCAAUAUUGCGGAACUAUUGUAAUUCAUCUGGAUUUUCCCUUUUCCCAAAUUAUGUGUCCCAUGUCCA